CGUCAUUAUAAUCAAUCGAUUUUACGAUUUUAAUAAAACUGCCGAAGCUUCCUCCUCAACGCCUAUGAAUUUCCUAGCUAUCUAAAUCACUUUAAAGUUCUGUAUAUAUUUUCUCAGUUUUAAAUCGCAACACUUGGAAACCUGUCUUCAUAAUGGGUGAUGGUUCAAUCCUCUUUUCCUUAGCACCGUACCAUGUCUUAUCCUACGGUACACUAUUAGGAACGCAGGUGUUCCAUACUUUCAUCAAUUCCAUAGCCUCCUUUAAAGUACUCGAAAGACCCCAAUUCGCUAUAUUACAGCGCGCUGUUUUCCCUGCAUAUUUCGGUAUCCAAGCCGCCGUUCCCGCCGUCCUCGCCCUUACAUAUCCGGGUAGCAAAAGCUCCAUACACGGUCUCGGGGUACCUUCGAGUUUCGCCGGUGUACUUCACGAGUCGAACCGCUGGGGUGUUUUAUUGCCUCUCGGAACGGCAUUUGCGGCAGGACUUUUCAACUUAGUCUACCUACUCCCCGAGACGAACAAGAUUACCGCCCUGAGACGACAGCAAGAAGAAAAAGAUGGCAAAGCGAGUUACGACAAACCACCGCAUUCGAAGGAAAUGACAGCACUGAAUAAGCAAUUCGGUCAGAUCCACGGCAUUUCGUCGCUGGUCAAUUUGAUCACCAUAAUUGCGACCGUUGUCUAUGGUUUCAAUCUAUCCUCAAGACUCAAGUAAAUCAGUAGAUGAGGGUAUGUUUGUAACAGGGUCAAUCUACGCCUACCUACUAGAAUGAAUUACGUGUACAUGACACCAAGAAAUACGAAACCAUCAAAAGCUGUCAAUCAAACA